AUGAAAAUAGCAGAAAGCAGUUCUGAGGAGAGUGAUAUUGCAGUUCCAUUAGAAGACACUACUGAGAGUUCCAGCGAUGAAAGUAAACCAGAUGACUCAGAUCUGCAGGUUGACGACUUUGUGAUAAGAGGAAUCGCCAGCGACAGGAUGCGCGAGUUGCUACUGCUGCUAACUAGCUUCCUAUUCGUCGCCACGCAGCAUUUUUUGGCCGCCGGUCACAUAAUGCCAGACGACAGGUUGAUCAGCAGUAAGGCCGCCAUCUCCAACGCCAUCCCGGGCAGCGACGUUGGACUCUACUCGCCCGUCGUCAUUGUGGAACUGCCAAAGCCAGGAAGGAAAAAGAAGGCAAAAAAGAACAAGCUUGGCGGCAGGCGUCGCCCUCCACCGCCCGCCGGCUGCGUCCCCCUAUGGGGCAACUGCAAAUCAUCGGGAAAGGUUUGCUGCGACUUCUGCGCCUUCUGCCACUGCCGCGUCUUCCGGACCGUGUGUUAUUGCCGCAUGGGAAACCCCCGAUGUUGA